ACCAAUAUCUGUUUAAUGAAGCUAGUGAAGCGAUAAAGAAUGGACAUAUGCAUAGUUUUCAUGAUGGUAAACAAUAUUAAUUUUCUGCUUGGAAAGAUUGAAAAUAUUAUACGUGAUGACGCUAUAGCAACAAAUAUUGUGAUUAACUUUCUGAAAAACUUAAGAAUUAAGUGGAGAACUGUUAACAGAACCAGAAAGUUAUUUCUAAGUAAGUACCAAGGUUGGCUUGAUGCUAAAGUGUAUCAAAACCCAGAAAAUGAAACUCCUAAGAAAACUCGGGGACGACCUAGAACAGAGUUUUCAGGCCUCAUCCGAGAAAACAAAACGAAGGAAAACUGCAGAGCUUGUUAACAUAUCUCCUCAUAGGCUCACAUAUGCUACAUCAAAAGUUCUAAGAAAGAAGGGACGAUCAAGAAUGGCUAAAUCUUUAGCCCAAAUUUCUACUGAAAACCAAUGUACUUCAUCAGAAAAUAUCACAGAGUGUUCUUUUUCUGCAAAUGAAGCUCUGGCAUUGAUCUUAGACUGUGGCCUUUCAAAAAGAAGCUAUCAAAAUUUGAGGAAUAAAACACUUGAGAAAAAAUCAAAAGUUUUUCCUUCUUACAACGAUGUUCGUUCUGCCAAAGAAGAGUGCUUACCUUCUCCUGAAAAUUGGUUAGUAACUGAUUAUUCUGCAGAAGUGACCUUACAAGAUUUAUUAGACCACACAACAAGGAGAAUAUUUGAACUGAGUAGAAAGACAGAAGCUAAUGGGAAAAUUAUCUUAUGGAAAAAUGAUAAGCCCUCAUCACCAUUUUUUUGCAGUCCUAUAAGGUUCAAAUUCAUGAAGGAAACUUCACAGGUUUUAGUGGAAGAAGAGCAAUACUUAAAAAAUGCUAUCCAUAUACUUAGACCAACUCAAGUUAAAAACGAUGUUAGCGUCAUUCAUGAUGUGAGCAUUACAAUGAUAGAUGGAAAAGUGGCAUCCUCUUUAUCCCUUGUCACCAACUCAAUGCAAUGCUGUUCUUUGUGUGGGGCAUCACCUAAGCUAAUGAAUGACAUAGAGAAAGUUUCAAAGAGACCCCUCUCAAAUGAUGGCAUCAUUUGA